AUGUUAUUCAACCUUGGUUUGACCGCAGAUGCAGCAGCCGCUCACGACAGCGACGUUCUUGGUCCCCAGUCCGAUCCCCAGAUUCCGUCGCGGCAUUCUUCGCCGCCCGUUUCUUUUGCGACACUGCCAUCCUGGGGCCUGGGAAGCUUGUACAGCCGGCGCAAAGUGACGGAAACAGAAAAGCCGCCGCUGCAAGAACAACCACGUGCAAUGUCGAGGCAACCUGCAGUGGACCAAAUAUUACUGUCGAGCGAUGACGAGCAUUCGACCGUCGGGCCGACUCUAGCUUCAUCCAGGAUCGCCCGCUCAUAUUCAGUUCGGAAACAAUCAUCGCGACGUAAAACGUCAUACCAAUUAGCGCAUCCCGCAUCCCACGCACGUCACAGGCGACUGAAACUCCGCCCCAAGCUCCUCUUGCAACUCCAGCAGGUGUCCCAAACCCCGCGUCCUUUACCCGUUUUGGACGUACUUCCAUCAAGUGUGUUUCUGCCUAGACUGGCCCGCAAAUUUCCGACCAUCUUCCGCGGUAAGAAGGGACUAGGCCCCAACGACCUUAUUGUUGUCACCAGCGAUCUUUAUGAACAGAGCCAUGGCGAUUUUGCAGACAAACACUUGAGCUCCGAUGAAGAAAAUGGAGAGCACCGCGAAGUCGUCGCAACAAUAUGUCAACUUUUACGAGAUGAUGCUUUAUCCAAAGGCAAGGCUGAAAUUUGUCUCAGUUGUGGACCGGUAUGGGAGGCGACCCCUCUGGCCAAUGGCUCGUACGAGUUCGUGGCCCAUACAGAUGAAGGGAUUCAGGUUCUGCGCUGGGUGCUGCGAGGAGGAAAGAACCGUCGCGUGUCAGCGCCCCCUGAUUUUACCAACCAGGAAGACAGCAAGCGAUUUACAUUCAGCGUGAUUAACCCCAACACCCGCCGUCACCCUGUCCUCGCCACAAUGACUCGUAACCACCUGGAGGUUUUCAACGAGUACUCAAUGCCGACCACCUCGGGGAUUGCUUCCCCAACCUCGGCCAUGUCUGUCAUCAGCGAUCUCUCAGAGAUGGACGAACCAUUGGGCCGAAGGAUGGUUGUCGACGACAACUUACGCAUGCUGAUCAUCAUCACCAGCUUCUGGGUAGCUUUCCGCGAAGGCUGGUCGCAUAACUUCAGCUACAAUGACGCAGCCUCUACGCUUAACCCCAAAUCUCGCUGUCCGUCGCGACAAAGCUCCCCCACAGCCGUUAGGGCUGAAGCAGACCGGUCCAUGGAAGAAGAGGCCAACAACCCGACCGGCCCCUCCACGAACCGCAGACAUCGCAUGUCAACAUCCAGCUGCAUGUCCUCUCCUCCCAACACAAUUGGCGACCGAUCAACGGUGGGGCGUCAGUCCAAGCGCUCCAACUCAACCGGAGCAGCCUUCAUUGAGCGGACCAACCGACGUGCUUCUGGCACCCUCGGCCGUCUUAACCGACACAGCACGCUUUCCAGCACCCGCGAAACCCGGCAUGAUACGGACGCCAACGCCACCCCGGCCCCUGCGCGGCAAGAUUCAAAGAGUCGCAAGCGAUGGUCUCAUCAACGGAAACCCGAAGCGCCAGACCCAAAACAAGGCCCCGAUAAGGACCUUGGCCGGUCGCGAGGCAUCGACAGCCCUCUGCCGCAACAACAACAGUCGGACAAAUCAAACGGCAAGUCGUCCAACAACAAAUCCGCCGAACCGACUCCAUCCAAGGGCAAACUUCGACAUCGACUGAGCAGCCUAUUCGACUUCAUCAUCCGCAAAAGCACCCAUUCACAUUGA